AUGAGACUCUCGAUUUUCACCAAGUUUACUCCUCUUAGGCUGCUUUCUGUUGCUGACACUCGCUUUGCCUCCAUCAUUGUGAUGCUUAAGAGAUUGAAACUUAUCAAAAGGGGUAUUCAAGCUAUGGUCAUAAGUGAAGAAUGGUCUUCUUAUAGAUUAGAUGACACUGAGAAAGCAAACUUUGUGAAAGAAUAUAUUUUGAGUGAUGAUUGGUGGGACAAAGUAGCAUAUAUUCUUAGUUUCACUGGACCUAUAGAUGAGAUGAUUAGAGUUUGUGACACUGACAAGCCAUGUUUACACUUGGUGUAUGAGAUGUGGGAUUCUAUGAUUGAGAAAGUGAAGAUUGAGAUCUACAAGAAAGAAAAACGUCCGACAUCUCAAAUAAGUUGUUUUUAUGACGUUGUGCAUCGUAUUUUAGUGGCUCGAUGGGCGAAGAAUAACACUCCCCUACAUUGUUUAGCUCACUCUUUACAUCCAAGGUUGUUUCCUAAUGAUGAUGAGUAUAGCAGAGUCCUUGAUGAAUAUGCAAUGUUUUCAAUGAAGAAUGGUCAUUUUGAAGAUUUAACAAGCAUUUCAAAGAUGGCUACUAUGGAACCCAAGAAUUGGUGGGUUAACUUUGGUGCUCAAACUCCUUUUCUCCAAACUUUGGCUUUUAGAUUACUUGGACAACCUAGUUCUUCUUCUUGUGCUGAGCAUAAUUGGAGUAUUUAUGCAUUUAUUCACUCGCUUAAAAGGAACAAGUUGACUACAAGUCGUGCUCAAGACUUGGUUUACAUCCACAAUAAUCUCCGAAUUUUGUCAAGGACUCUGAAAGAUGAUGUAAAGAUGUGGGAUGUGGGUGGAGAUGCUUUUGAUUCAAUGGAAGAUGUCGGGUUUUUGGAGGUUGCAGAUCUCUCACUAGAUGAACCGGAUUUUGAAAAUGAUUUGAUUAUUGAUAAUUAG